GGGUCUGAUUUGAAUCAAUAAAGGGAGCAGCACGCCAGUGUGUAGGAAUGAGCAGCCUCCAUCAGUGGAUUGAAGCUUUGAAUGCUGCCUGCUGUCGCUCAGGACUUUAUCUGUGCUUUUCUCCUGCACUAUGGAGCCUCUCUUUGGGGUUGUGCUGGGUUUAAUUCUGGCAGUCGCUUCACCAGCCCACAACAGCUGUACCUGUGCGACCAACAAGUGGGCAGUGUGUGCCCAGGACAGCCCUGGGAACUGCACCUGCAGGCUGGCAGGUUCAGAUCACCCUGUAGACUGCUCAACCCUGACUUCUAAAUGCUUCCUAAUGAAGGCAGAAAUGAUGCCCCUGAAGGAGAAGCGCCUCUGGAGACCUCCCCACGGGGUGUCAGACAGCGAUGGCAUUUACAACCCCGACUGCGAGGACAGCGGCGCCUUUAAAGCCAGGCAGUGCAACCAGUCCAGCAGCUGCUGGUGUGUGAACACUGCGGGCGUGCGGAGAACGGAGAGGGGAGGCAGGAGCCUGAACUGCAGCGAGCUGGUCCGCACCAGGUGGAUCUACAUUGAGCUGACACACAAGAGAAGCUCCAGUGCCUUCCAUGCUCCUGAUGUGGCAAAGGCCCUGACACAGCUGUUUGAGAGCAGGUACAAGCUGCACCCCAAGUACAUCGCAGCCAUCAAGUACGACCCCCCACUCAUCCAAAUCCGCCUGGACCAGAACAAGAAGCCCAGGUGGGAUGUAGAUAUAGCUGAUGUGGCCUAUUACUUUGAAAAAGACUUCAACAAUGACUCGGUGUUUCAUUCCAACAGUAAAUUAAAUGUCUCGGUCAAUGGAGAUGCUCUGGCUAUUGAAAAGCUCUGGAUUUACUAUGUGGAUGAAAAGCCCCCAGAGUUCUGCAUGAGGCAGCUGGCAGCUGGCAUUAGUGCUGUGGUCACCGUGGUGGUCCUGACUGCUGGCAUUGGCAUUGCUGUGCUGCUCCUCCUCAGGUGGCUGCGCACAAGGACGUAUAAAAAAUUUGAGUGUAAAGAAAUGAGGGAAAUUAAAGCCCCAAGCUUAGAACUGCCCUGAGCUGAAAGAAGAAAGACAACUACAGGAAGAAAAGGGGAAAAAAGGCACAAAAUACAAAUAACAUACUCAGUAUGUGACGGAUUUAGUUUUUUCUUCCUACAAUAAUUUGUACAGUGACUGUUCUAAAUUAUUCUUGUUUAGUAAGAGUAAAUUUUUGGGGUAUAAAUGAAUUUGGGAGUCACUUACCUAAAUAUUUUAAAUGACUCCUACUUUGGAGGGUAAGAAAACUGUUACAGCUGUCUAUUUAACAUAACACAGAAUGCUUUUACUCCUGCUGCAGGCUGGCUCAGAUUGCUUAAAUACUUAAAUACUCUGUGGGGUUCUUGGUGUAUCUACUUACUGAAAU